CUCCACAACAUUGCGAGGGGGAGUUGUAGCCGAAUUGUGAGACUCGAGGGGUAUAUACACCUCCCCGUCCGCGGCCCAGCCUAGAGUUCCGGCAAAAUCCCCAAUCCCGCAGAGCACGUUCCCUCCGCCCCUCGUUUCCCCACCCACCAGCCUAGGGUUCCGGCGAGAUGAAGCAGCAGGAUGGAGCUAGCCCCGCCAAGAUGUUCAUUGGCGGGCUCUCCAGGCAGACAAGCAUGGGUACGUUCAAAGAGUACUUCGGGAAGUACGGUGAGAUAAUCGAUGCGGUAAUAAUGAAGGACCGCCAUACCCAAAAGCCCAGAGGCUUUGGAUUUAUUACCUAUUCAGAUCCUGCUAUUGUUGACAGAGUGAUUGAAGAUAACCAUGUCAUCGAUGGCAAGCAGGUCGAAAUUAAAAGGACUAUCCCGAAGGGUGCUGCCCCCCUGAAAGAUUUCAAGACAAAGAAGAUUUUUGUUGGCGGAUUGCCUACUGCUCUAACAGAUGGUGAAUUCAAGGACUUCUUUUCAAAGUUUGGAAAGGUGGUGGAACAUGAGAUCAUCUGUGAUCAUUCGACCAACCGGUCACGAGGAUUUGGAUUUAUAGUGUUUGAUGCAGAAAAAACUGUAGAUGAAUUGUUAGCUAAGAAAGGCAAUAAGAUUGAUCUAAAUGGUACUCAGGUGGAGAUCAAGAAGGCAGAACCAAAGAAACCCUCUAACCCACCUCAUUCACUUGAUAGCAAACCUAGGAGAUCUCCUUAUGCAGAUGGUUAUGAUGGAUUUGCCAGCCGUUACAACAAUGGUGGUCGCUUUGCCCCCUAUAAAUCACCUGGUUUUGGCGCUAGGCCUGGCAGCUACAGUAGUGCUUAUGUUCCUGGUGACUAUAGUAGCAGCUAUGGUGGUUAUGAUGGAGCAUUUGGAGGUUAUCAUGGAGAAUCGUCGCUCUACACCAGUCGUUUUGGUGGCAGUUAUGGUGGUGGUUUAGGUGGUGCAUAUGGGCGUGAUGCUGUGCCUUAUGGUGGUGGUUUAGGUGGUGCAUAUGGGCGUGAUGCUGUGCCUUAUGGCACUUCUAGCUAUGGUCCUAGUUAUGACUCUUCAGGUGCCAGUGCCGAUCCUAGUGUUAGGUCUGGCGUGGGUGGACUCUAUGGUGCUAGGGGAGGCUAUGGUAGCAGCAGUGGUGGUGGUGCUACUGGUCGCUACCAUCCAUAUGCAGGGUUUUGCUUGUUUUUGGUUGUUGAUUUCGAAGUUGCUUUACAUACAGCAUUGCCAACCUAUCCAGCAUCGCAGUUUUCAAUUGUUGAUCCUAUAGUGCUCUAGGUUGGUGAACAUUUAAUUUCCCUUCUUUGGGAUGAUAUUAUGGUCCUUUCAUGUAAUAAGCUAGUUUAGGCCUUUGUCAGUUAAUCCUCUCCCCAAGGGGAUUGGAGAGGGUUUAGACCUCCUCUGGUUUGGAGGAAUUUCAUAGGAAUUCUGUAGGAUAUGAUUUCUAUAGGAAAUUUCCCUUUGGAUCCCUUUGGUUUAUAGGAAUGGGAUUCCUAUUCCUAUGUAGGAUUGGUUCCUUUUUCAAAGGAAAAUAAACAUUACGCAAGACUCAACGGAAAAAAAAAUCCUAUCUUGCGAACCAAGAUUUAACACCCCUCAGCCCUCUUUCAUCCCCACCAAACUGAACGUGCCCUUUUAGCUUUGCGAACUUGUUUAAAUCUGAAGAUUUUGGUUUGUCGAGUUUACAUGUUGAAUUAUACCGUUAUUAUAUUUCUUAUGUUCUGAUGUGUGUAACAUUUUAAUAAGCACUUUUUCACGUCUUUCAAUUAUCACUGCUGUUAACAAAAUGUUUCCGCAUCUGAGAUAUGGAACUAAAUUGACGUUAUUCAUGCGUUCAAUGGUUGAUAGAAGCCCUGGCAAAAAAAAGUUAAUAGAAGCACGAUCAUCCAUGACCCAAAGUAUAUCACACCUAAUUAUCGUAGAAGCCAGUCA